AUGUCGAAUACAGAUUUACCGACACCGGAAGUGGUCCCGGAAACGCCGUCCCCGGGCAUCGAACCGGUUAACAAGUUCAAUUGGUUGAGAAAUGCGAAGAACGCGAGGCGGAAUCCAUUUGUUCAGGCGCGACCGACGCUUACGAGGGACAGUUCCACAUCUGAACUGUUUUCCAGGGAGAAUUCUAGUGCUGAUCUCUUUCAAAAUUCGCGUCUGAACCUCUUCGAAAGCACGCCGAAACCGGAAGUCACGAGUUAUAGCAAGGGUUUAACCUUCACAGCAUGGCAUCAAAGGACAAAGUUAGAGAAGGUUCUACUGGUGACCUGUUGCGCUUUGUUUCUGAUGGUCAUGUUGACAAUGACUAUGCUAGUCUGCUUGGAAACCACCACAGCACCGAGGGAACCGAGCAGAAAUGUUGAAGCAGAUCUGUGUCUUUCUGGUACCUGCAUCUACACAGCCAGCGAAGUGAUAAAAGCUCUGGACGAAACCCAGAACCCUUGUGAUGACUUCUACCAGUUCGCGUGUGGUGGAUGGAUCAAGAAUAACCCAAUACCAGAGGGGAAGUCCAACUGGGGGAUAUUCAGCCAGAUUGAACUGCAGAACCAGCUGAUAAUUAAAACUGCUAUGGAAAAAGUAAAUGCAAGCGAUUCCAAUGGCGCAGAGGCAAAAGCUCGUAUCUAUUUCGAUGCGUGUGUGGACACAAACGAAACGAUAGAGAGACUGGGAGAAAAGCCCCUGAUCGGGAUUAUCAAGAAACUUGGGGGUUGGCACAUUCUACCUAACACACUAGUCAGGACCCAGAAGUGGGAUCUACAAAAAAUGCUGCAAGAUGUUCAGAAUAAAUAUAACUUGGGCGGUCUUUUCAACUGGGCGGUGACUGAAGACGAUAGAAAUUCUACCAAGCACGUUAUAGUGCUUGACCAAGGCGGUCUGAACCUACCUACCCGCGAUAAUUACCUCAACAAAACAGCCCAUAAGAAGGUUCUCGAUGCUUAUCUGGAUUAUAUGACGCGUAUUUGCGUCCUCCUCGGGGCAAAUAAAACAGAAGCGAGGACACAGAUGAAUAAAGUGAUACAAUUCGAGACGGAAUUGGCGAACAUAACUACUCCGUCUGAGGAUCGACGAGAUGAGGAAGGGCUUUAUAAUCCGUAUACAGUGAAACAGUGGCAGAGGGAAGCGCCGUUUUUAAACUGGAGCAUGUUCUUCAACGAUGCCUUCAAGUUUGUUAACAGGACGAUAACAGACGAUGAGAGGAUCGUUGUCUACGCACCUGAAUAUUUCAGAAAUUUGAGUAAGGUUCUCCGGAAAUAUAGUAAAACGGAAGAAGACCAGAGAACACUGACGAGUUAUAUGAUGUGGCAAGUGUCGCGUUCCCUAUCGACCUACCUCUCUAAGCCUUUUCGAGAUGCUUCUAAAAUAUUGAGGAAGGCGUUACUAGGAUCCGAGGGUACUGAGGAGUCUUGGAGAUACUGUGUCACAGAUACUAAUAACGCUAUAGGUUUCGCAGUCGGCGCCAUGUUCGUUCGAGAAGUAUUCCACGUAGCUGCGAAGACUGAAGGAGAAAUUAUGAUAGACAAUAUUCGAGCGGCUUUCAAGAAACACCUGAAGCAGCUGGGCUGGAUGGAUCCGGAGACCAGGGAUGCGGCUGAGAGCAAGGCUGAUGCUAUCACCGACAUGAUUGGUUUUCCAGACUAUAUCCUGGAUAAGAACGAGUUAGAUAAGCAAUACGACGAGCUCGUAGUGAAGCCUAACGAAUAUUUCGAAAAUAACAUCGCGUUCAAUACUUUCAGCCUGAAACACGAUCUGAAAAAAUUGGACCAGGUCGUUAAUAAAACUAAAUGGGGUAUGACGCCAUCCACAGUAAACGCAUACUACACACCUACAAAGAAUCAAAUCGUGUUCCCCGCUGGUAUUCUCCAAGCACCAUUUUAUGACGAAAACAAUCCUAAGAGCGUGAAUUACGGGGCGAUGGGGGUAGUUAUGGGGCACGAACUGACUCAUGCUUUUGACGACCAAGGACGUGAAUAUGACAGGUUUGGAAAUUUAAACCAAUGGUGGAACAACAAAACAAUAGCACAGUUUAAAAAUCGAGCGUCGUGUAUACAGAGGCAAUAUUCGAAAUACAGCGUUGACGGCCAGCAUCUUAACGGGAAGCAGACUUUAGGCGAGAAUAUAGCUGACAAUGGAGGUUUGAAGGCGUCGUACCACGCCUAUUUGGAAUACAGCAAGACAGCACCUAGUAAUCUUACCCUUCCCGGCCUCAAAUACACUCAUAGACAACUGUUCUUUAUUUCGUUUGCACAGGUGUGGUGUUCAGCAAUGACAAAAGAGUCUACAAAGAUGCAAAUUGAAAAGGACGAUCACACUAUAGCUAAAUACAGAGUAAUUGGACCGAUCUCGAAUCUUCCAGAGUUUUCUGAAGAAUUUAACUGUCCUCUCGGUUCGAUGAUGAAUCCUAAACAUAAGUGCGAAGUGUGGUAA